AUGUCUAUAAGAUCGGUGUUCAACCUUCACCUCCUCGUCAAGUCUUCUGCAAUGGAUCGCAACCCUUCUCUCUCCCUGCGCGCAGAACCGCCGGCCUCAGAGAGGCGAGGGAGGGCGCCGCUGUACCACGCGGCGCUCCACUCGGUGCAGAAGCCGCCGGGGAAGCCCUGGAAGAAGCCCGACCAAGCACCACCACCGCAGCCCAGGGUGUACCGGGUGGAUCCCCGGGGCUUCCGGCAGCUGGUGCAGCGGCUGACGGGCGUAGCCCGAUCGACGCCGCAACCACUGAGGGAAACCGCCCCUCCGCCGCCUCCGCUUAAAUUGGCCGCCCCAGCGUUGACGGUGCAAUCGCUAUUUGCUGACGGUGAAAACGUUGGCACGGACGCGGUUUCCAGCGUCCAAUCUCCUACAGGAUUUCUGGGGCUGCUGUCUCCUUCCUUCUACUCGAGUUUGUGUUCGUUCCCACUUCUGAGUCCUGCAGGUCCAAUCGAGAGUAUGGGGCAUAUAUAG